CGCCAUUGUCAAACAUACAUACAUACAUUCAUUCACGUGCAUUUUUUUGAAAUACGAUUGCCAUGGAGAAUAUUGAUGAAGUUUCAGCAGUACCAAGAGAGCUUGAAGAAGCAUUGAAGAACAACAGCUUGACCACAGCUGCAGGCAAGAUUCAAGAUUAUUUGAAGGAGAUUAAUAAUGUGGAGCUGAAUAUUGCUGUCACAGGAGAGACAGGCUCUGGUAAAUCUACCUAUGUCAAUGCGUUCAGAGGCAUGAAGAAUAAUGAAGAAGGAGCUGCUUUAACUGGUGUGGUGGAAACCACCAUGGAGGCAAAGGCUUACCCCCACCCAAAAUACCCAAAUAUGAAAGUUUGGGAUCUCCCUGGUAUUGGCACCGCUAACUUCAAACCAGAAGAGUACCUUCAGAAAGUUGAAUUCGAUCGCUUUGAUUUCUUCAUCAUAGUCUCAUCAGAGCGAUUCAGAGCCAAUGACAUUACUCUGGCCAAGGAGAUCCAGAAGAUGAAGAAGAGGUUCUACUUUGUUCGCUCCAAGAUAGAUAACGACAUGAGGGCUGAGGGGAGAAAAGAGAAGUUUGACCAGGAUAAGACACUGGAAACAAUCAGACAAUACUGCAUCAAAGGGCUUGAGGAUCAGGGUCUGGGCUCUCCUAAGGUCUUUCUCAUCUCCAGUUUUGACCUUGGUCACUACGAUUUCCAUGACCUUGAGGAGACAAUAGAGAAAGAGCUUCCUGACCACAAGAGGCAUGUACUACUGUUGUCCAUCCCUAAUAUAACCCUGAAAAUCAACCAGAGGAAGAAGGAGGCUUUAAAAGCCAACAUGUGGAGGCUAGCUUUUGGAUCUGGCAUUGUGGCAGCAAUACCUAUCCCAGGCCUUUCCUUUGCUGUAGAUGUAAGCAUCUUGGUAAUUGAGAUCAAAAAGUACUAUAACGCUUUUGGUCUUGAUGAUGAGUCCCUGCAGAGCCUAGCUAACAGAAUGAAUGUGCCAGUGGAGGAGCUGAAAGCAGUCCUCAAGUCACCUCUGAACAAAUAAAUAAACAAUGAUGUGGUUGUCAAGUUCUCGCAGGGGUAACGGUGGUUGAGUACCUGUUCAGUAACAUUCCUAUUGUCGGCAGCUUAGCUGCCGCAGGGAUUUCCUUUGGUACAACCUACUACAUGUUGGGGAAAUGUCUGAAUGAGCUGGCUGAUGAUGCACACAAUGUUCUAAUGAAGGCACUGAUGGCCAAUGAGUGAGAUAAUGUUCAAGAUUGAAUUGCAAGCUAGAUCUGUGUAUCUCGUUCUUUCUUGAACACUGUCUUCAAACAAGGAAAUGCUGAUAAGUAGAUAAUUAAAUUAUGCCGCUUGAAAAUAAAUGUUCAAAUGUAAUUGAUCAAAGGAAAUGUAAGGUCACAAUAGUUUUAAUAUAGGUUAGCACAAUAUAACCUUACUGCGUUAGAUGGGAUAUUCAUAUUGGGAUCUACAGCUUUUUACUCAUAGUAAAUUACUCUGAAAAUAUAUAUUCACAGAAAAUAGACCUGCUUUUACAAUUUAACUUCAGUAUAAUCUAAUCCUAGCCUUUUGAGAACCAAAUUGGAUGUGCUUUGGAACAAUUGCAUGAUAUUUGAACAUGACUCCCUCUAGAAAGUGGAUUUGAAAAGAAUCCUAGUUUAGAAUGAACCAGUGUUAAUUGUCUAUAUAUAAAUUGUGGUUUUACCCAACAUUACUCAUUCAGUACAUAUGUUCUACAUGAGAACAAAUUAUUGACCAGUUUCCUGUGUUCUCUUCUGAAUCACAUUAAUCUUUAUCUAAAACCGUCACUCUUUACUUUCCCAUAUUAACUAGUGCAAUAUUGCAGUUCAUGAGCAGACCGCCAGAUGGUAGUAUUUAGCAGUUUUAGUGUUGGUUAUUCAAGGCAGUAGAUGGUAAUGAAAGGAAAACCUAGUCAGUUGUACAACUGAAAUGUGUCUUCCGCAUUUAGCCCAACCCCUCUGAAUCAGUAGAUGUAAACUCUAAAUAAAAACACAAGGUUAAGUAAUGCACAUGACAUAUUAUAGAUCUGUGGACUCUAAAUAGAGGGUUUUACAACAUGAGCCUUACAAAAAUAAAUUGCUCAUGUACCUGACUGAACGCAGUUUCUGAUACAACCAUUUAACUGACCACAGAUUCACAUUGUGUUGAAAACCAGCUACUAUAAUAGAUGGUGCUCAUACAGUAGAUAAGAGGUUGUUGGUAUGGGUUUUAUAGGACGUUUCUCUGCUGUCUAUGGUUGAGCCAUGUGUAUAAUGUAGUUUUUGAUGAAUACUCUGACAUCAUAUCAGCGGCGCUUUGGCCUGGAUGCAGAUUCAUUACAGCAGUUAGCGGAACUUAC